GCUUUAUGAAUGAUGACGCAUGUCAGCUGGUCAUCAGCUCUGAUUCACGACGUCCAACCUUCUUGCCCGAAGCUGCCCCGGGCCCGUCGCGGCGGCUAGGCUAGCUAGCUGGCCGAGCGAUCGCGAGGAGGGUACGAGAUCUACUAUAGCUCCGCUGUUUUUCUCAGUUCAGACUAUGGUUGACUUCCUGUUGAUUUUUGCAAUAUGGACAGCUAAAUUAAUCAAGAAUAGAUCUACCUUUACAUCGGGGGAUCGGGACUCUUCCCAUUAACAGUUAAAAUUACUGGAGUUUCAUCGAGACAGAAAUCAAAAGAUGGCUUUCUCAGGAGAACUGAUGGCACGUUUAGGAUAUGCCCCGCCCAAUGUCACCCCAGCCUUUGUGACCCCACCCCCAACAGCUGGAAGAGAGGGCAUGGCAGGAGUUGAUACCACAGAUGAAGAACUAAAGAGAAUGUCUGAGGAGACUGUACAGGAGGCCGUAAGUGAAGAAGUGUUCUCUGGUUACCAAGCGACCACCGUGAUACCAGGUGCCAUCAAGCAUCCUGGGAACAUUGUAGAGGCAGCAUCACUCUCGGCGGUACCUCUUCCAGAACCUACAUAUAAACUUGCCUCCUCUAUACCACAUAGAAUCAUAGAGGAUGGCAAGCUCAGCAAUCUUCAACUUGAGGGAAUUCAAUAUGCGUGUCAACGUCACCAGAAGAUACUGGCCAAUGGUUGCCGGGCAGGUUUCUUCAUGGGUGAUGCUGCUGGGGUCGGGAAAGGGCGACAGAUAUCUGGUAUUAUUCUUGAUAACUAUGUCAGAGGAAGGAGAAAGCACAUAUGGUUCAGUAUAUCAGCUGAUUUGAGAGUAGAUGCGCAAAGAGAUGUUAGUGAUCUUGGAUGUCAUGUUAAAAUCAUUGAGGGCUGCCAACAUCUGGAUAGGGAAACAAGGGCUUUUGGGCUUUCUGCCAGUAUGAAGGAGGGUAUAGUAUUCAGUACAUAUGCAACUCUUGUAUCUUCAGUGCAAAAAGGUGUGACAGGUCGUCAGAGUCGUUUAAAACAGCUGAUCGAUUGGUGUGGACGAGAUCAGUUUGAUGGAUGUCUUAUUUUUGAUGAAUGCCACAAAGCUAAACACUUCAUCCCGGGAAAAGAAAAGAACAGCACAAAAAUAGCCAUGGCCGUUACAUCAAUCCAAAGGUUGCUCCCAAAAGCUAGGGUUGUUUACUGCAGUGCAACAGGAGUAACAGAUGUCAAAAAUAUGGCAUUUAUGGAAAGGUUGGGACUGUGGGGUGAAGGGGCUUCAUUUAAGACCUUUGAACAUUUCCUAGAUACCAUCACAAGGAGAGGUCUAGGUGCUGCAGAGAUGCUGGCAAUGGAGAUGAAAGCAUCUGGAAUGUACGUGUCUCGUGGUCUCAGCUUCCAAGAAGCGGAGUUUGAAACCGUGGAGACGAUGUUGACAGAGGAACAGAUCAAGAUGUACGACAUGGCGACGCAUGUAUGGUCUGAAAUUCAGAGAUCGCUAGAGGUAGCUCUGGGUAGGACCAACACAGCACCAGGAAGGAUUUGGUCUAUGUUCUGGUCCUGUCAUCAGAGGUUCUUCAAGCAGCUUUGUCUUGGCGUGAAGGUGCCCACGAUUGUGGAACAAGCCAAGUCAUCGUUAGCAGAAGGGAAAUGUGUCGUUAUCGGACUUCAGACCACAGGAGAGGCAAGUCUUGACAGUGAGAUGACGAAACAUGAUACCACUCUGCCUGGGUUUGUGUCCGUUGCCAGAGAAAUAUUGACCCGUUUCAUCCAGCAACAUUUUCCAACUUCAGUCGUACACCCAACUGGUUUAGAGCCUGAACCUGAUGAAUGGAGCUGUAAAGCCAAAGAAUUGUUACUUGGAUUCGUCCAGCAGAUUGAUUUGCCAAAUAGUCCUCUGGAUGAUAUCAUAGACCAGCUUGGUGGAGCAAGCUGUGUUGCCGAGAUGACUGGUAGGAAAGGCCGAGUGGUCAGGGUCAACCCUGGGGGAUCCGCUGUCCAGUAUGUCCUGAGGUCUGGUGAAUCAGGAGAUGUGGACAGUCUCAAUGUCCAAGAGCGGAAUCACUUCAUGAAUGGUCAGAAGCUAGUAGCUAUCAUCUCCGAUGCAGCCAGUACUGGUAUUUCUCUCCAUGCCGAUACCAGGGUUCCCAAUCAGAGGAGGAGGGUUCAUUUGACCAUUGAGCUACCAUGGUCAGCGGACAAGGCCGUUCAGCAGAUGGGGAGAUCACAUCGCUCUAACCAAAGCAGUGGCCCGCUAUAUAAGCUGUUAACCACAAACCUUGGGGGAGAGAGAAGGUUUGCAUCAGCUGUAGCCAGGAGGCUUCAAUCCUUGGGUGCUCUUACUCAGGGAGACAGACGAGCUGCUACCGGGGCUGACCUGACCCAGUUCAACUUUGACACACCUUACGGUCGUUCAGCGCUCCGUAGCAUGUAUCAUGCCAUCAGUAGGAGAGAACUUGUUGGAGGAGUACCGUUAAAUCUCAUGACGAGAGGAAUGAUGGACUUUACUUCCUUUAACGAUCAUAUGAGGGAUUGCCUGGUCCAGAUGGGCGUCGCCAGCGUGAUAGACACCAGUUUAGUCAUCCAGGAUAAGGAUCAGAGUGGCGUCGGCAAGUUCCUCAAUCGUAUCCUCGGACUCACCGUGGCAAGACAGAACAUGAUCUUCACCUAUUUCUUUGGGGUUCUCCAAGCAGCCAUUGCCGCAGCAAGGAAGGAAGGGAGAUAUAACGAAGGACUGGUUGACAUCAUGGCAUCAAGUAUUGAGAUGGUAGGGAGCCCUCGUCCAUUGUUCACCGAUGCCAAGACAAGCUCUCCAGUCAGUCAUGUUUCCUUAGAGGUGGACCGUGGUAUGAGCUGGGAGGCAGCCGUUAAGAGAGCAGAUAAUUUCCAAGGAAAACAUGAUGGUUUCUAUCGUUCAAAGAGAGAACAGUUUGGUGGGUACAUGUACCUUCUUGCCACAAAGAAGCAGAACUCGACCCACUUCUACAAGAUUUGUAGACCCAAUACUGGUGUGUCAGGGUUUGAUGAAGACAUCUCGGAGCUGUUGAUGCGGUACCAGCCGAUAAACAGAGAGGAUGCAGAGACACCAUGGAAAGACUACUACGAGAGAUCUAAGGAUCAUUGUAUCCAUGGACCAAGAUGUAAACAUGCAUCCACCUGUAGAGUUGGUGCACGUUUGUAUCAGCUGGAUCUGAUCUGCGGUGGCACUUUGACCCUCAUGACCUCACUUGAAAUCACCCUGCAACACCACGCAGGAAGACUUCAACUCAGUAAAACAGAGAGUAACAUGCGAGUCGUCCGGGUGCAGCUGAGUAACGGGAAGCGAGUGAUUGGCGUGAGGUAUCCCAGCAUUCUCAUACCCAUAGCGGAAGACGAUCUCAGAGAGAAGAAAGCUCUGGAGAAGGUUCAAAGUAAAUUAGGAAUAGGGCCAUCAUCCAUCUCCUCUCCAUUGGGCCCCUUAGUGGCCAAUCACCAAGAAUCUACCUCUGACCCCACUGCCGCGUCAAAGGUCAUCAUUGUUGAGGACGAGGCUCCUGUCCAAGCCAAGUUCGUCUCCAAGGCCAUGACCCCUGCUCCGACACUAACAAGCUAUUUCAAGGUCAAAGAGAAGCCUGUUUCCAUGGAUUCAAGCUCAGAUUCUAAAGAAGUAAGUACUGAUGAUGACGAUGUCAGUGGUGGCAAAGGUGGGCACUGUGAAGAUGGCAGUAGAAAGAAGAGGAAGCUUGGCGAUGCGGUUUCCGAAGCAAGCAGCGACGGAUCCACCCAAGAUGGCCCUGGACCAAAGGAAUUUGCUGCUACCUCUGUCAAGAAGCCUUUGCAGGACAGUAACAAUGGCAGCGUGCUCACUUCGGGUAGCAGCCGCAUCUCGGCGCCUCCGGUGAAGAAGUGCAAGAAGCAGUCCUCGCUCUUGAACUCAUUGCAGAAAGGAGGGGAGAAGAAAGUGGAGAAGAGAGUCAUUUGUCCUAUAUGUGCCAAAGAGCUGCCUCAUGGAACCAUGAACAAGGACUUGAAUAAACAUAUAGAUGCUUGCCUAGCUGCUCAGUAGAGUUGAGCAUUUAAAUGGUGUAUAAAUCAUGGGCUUCCUUUUCAUACCUUGAUCGUUCUAUGUGUGAUUUACAUUGGAUAUCAGUUCAGUGGUUUCUUAACCAUAGUAAGUACUAAGUAUCUAAAUGUACUUGUAAGCUUUCUUAGAGUCAAGAUAUAUUUUGACAUGACGUAGUGACUUGGCUGCUGUUCAGUUUAAAUUUUU